UGCGCGAAAAUGCAAAUUCAUUUGUUACGAGUUCAUUAUCAAUAAUUGUGCGAAUAUUGUAGGUUUUUUUUGGAGAUGGCAGCCAAUAAGGUCUUAUUGUUGUGUAAUCUGCUUAAACAUCAUAUAGAACCACACUUGUGUUAUUGUGAUGGCAGUGCUUGGACAGCUGCUGCAGUUGCUGUCAAGGACGGGCUACAGGUGUAGCGGUUUGGGACACGCCCCAUUUGCUAAUGGCCCUGCUGGAACGCUGCUUCACCACAACAUCAUACAGACAUGGUGGGAUAAAAUGGUGAUUAAGUCAGAGGCGUCAUUUCCUGUUUCCGGAAAGAAUAUAAAUUUUUUGGAAGACUUCUACCCAACAGUACUAAGUUUUAUGAAUGGCACAGUUCCAUUUGCCAUGGUGAAUGUCAGUGAGUGUGCAAGACCCCAGAGUGUUCAAGGAGGUACGGAGAUAGAGACAUUACUAAAUCCUGGCAGUGAGACAUGCCUCCAGUACGUGCAUGUUUGUUCACCAGCCAGUGUUAACCGGACAUUUGACCUGGUUGUCAACACCCGGGUCAGCUGGUGGAAACAGUUUUCAUACAACUCCUCCAACUUUGUACAGAAGACCUUUGAUGAAGGUUCUACGUCUGUGUUGCAUAUUCAGUACAAUUCCAGCUGUGGGCCCAUUUCCAUAGAAACGAUAUCCAACAGAGGACAUGAAGACAUUGAUAAAGUAGAGGAACGUACAGGAGUCAAUUGCAAAUUCCGUAACGGAGCCAAGUCUUCCUAUCCCUGCCUGAUCGAGUGUCAGACCAGCAUGGAGCUGGCCAGUGCAGUGUUCCUCAUGGACGCCUACACACACAAUGCCCUGCCAGGGGAGGGCCAGGGCAGGGAGGUGUUACAUUUACACCCAGUGCUUGUUCCCUACAAAGUUUCUGUAUGUCACAAUGGGUCAAAGGUCAGACAGAUCCAGGAAGUGGUGACAUACAUUUGUCGUGAAUUCCGCAAGGUGGGGCUAAGUGUCCUUCAUAAUCGAGAUGAGACAAAUAGCUUAACUGCACAGGUCAUCAGGAAUGAUGAAAUGGGUGUCCCAUACACUGUUCUUGUGUCAGAUGAGACUAUAGACACAGGGAAUAUAGGGCUUCGCAAUAGAGACACAAGCAUUCAGGAGACUGUUCCUAUCGGGAAGUUAACAGAAUAUCUCCUGAAACAUGUACACUAUUAAACGUCAUAGAGGCGUCCUGAAAUCUGUCAUAGAGAGGGCCUCUGUAAUUUGUUAUAGAGGGGAUCCCUGCAAUCUGUCUAAGAGGGGGUCCUUGUAAUCUGUCAUAGAUAGGGUCCAAAUAAUCUGUCAUAGAGAGGGCCUCUGUAAUUUGUUAAAGAGGGGAUCCCUGCAAUAUGUCAUAGAGGGGGUCCUUGUAAUCUGUCAUAGAUAGGGUCCAAAUAAUCCGUAAUUUUUCAUAGAGAGGGUCCCUGUUAUCUGUCAUAGAGAGGGUUUAUGUUAUCUGUAAAAGAGACGGUCCCUGUAAUCUGUCAUAGAGAUGGUCCCUGUAAUCUGUCAUAGAGGGGGUCCCUAUAAUCUGUCAUAAAGAGGGUCCAUGUAAUCUGUCAUACAGAGGGUCCCUGUAAUCUGUCAUACAGAGGGUCUCUGUAAUCUGUUAUAAAGAGGGUACAUGCUAUCUGUUAUAGACAGGGUCUCUGUAAUCUGUUAUAUAGAGGGUGCAUGUUAUCUGUUAUAGACAGGGUCCCUGUAAUCUGUCAUACAGAGGGUCUCUGUAAUCUGUUAUAUAGAGGGUGCAUGUUAUCUGUUAUAGACAGGGUCUCUGUAAUCUGUCAUAGGGAGGGUCUCGGUAUCAGUCAAAGAGAGGGUCUCUGUAAUCUGUUAUAGAGGGGGUCCUUGCCGUAGUGAUAAAACUCCUAAGGCUCAUAGUCAGUACCUGUCAGAAAAAAAGACACCUGACUUUAUUUCACCUCACAUCAGCAGCCCAAAAUGUUUCGUAGUGUACAGAUUUCAAUGCCAAGAAUUUUUGGAAUCAAAUGUGAAGUGUUUGUUAGAAUACUGAAUACUGAGCAUGCAAAAUACAAAUUUAUCUUACCAAAUACAGGUAUAAAAUGUUUAUACAUGUUAUCAAGUAUAAAUAGCUUUGACGUCAAACAUUCUACAUUUUUAUGUCCCCCACCACUAUAGUGGGGGACAUAUUGUUUUUGCUCUGUCUGUUGGUUUGUGUGUUUGUUUGUUUGCCCCAACUUUAACAUUUGCAAUAACUUUUGCAAUAUUCAAGAUAGCAACUUGAUAUUUGGCAUGCAUGUGUAUCUCAUGCAGCUGCACAUUUUUAGUGGUGACAGGUCAAGGUCAUCCUUCAAGGUCAAAUAUAUGGGUCAAAAUGAA